AUGCCAACCUAUCGUAUUGAGCUGGCCAGCACUGGCAGAGCCGGUUGCAAGAACAAGGAAUGUCAAGAGAAGAAGGAAAAGAUCCUUAAAGGAGAGCUGAGACUAGGUACUUUUGUUGAUACCGAGCAAUUUCAGAGCUGGGCGUGGAAACAUUGGGGAUGUGUGACUCCAAGGCAAAUUGCAAGCAUCCAUGAUAUCGUCGAUGAAAAUGGGGACCGUGACAUGACUCUUUUGGAUGGUUACGAUGAAAUCCCAGCCGAGAGCCAGAAGAAGGUCGCCGAUGCCGUGGAGCAAGGCCAUGUCGACGAUGAAGACUGGAAAGGGGAUGUCGAGGUGAAUAGACCUGGGAAGAUUGGGUUUCGAGUGAGGGUAUCCAAGAAGAAGGCUCAGAAAGAUGAACCUGCCGAUGAUGAAGAGGAAGAAAAGAAAGAUGACAAGACAAAGAAGACACCCAAGCGGAAACGAGCCAAAAAGGAGGCCGACGACGAGGAGGAGGAAGGUGAUGAGCCAGUUGUUAAAAAGGCCAAAUCUACUCCCAAAGCCACCACUAAAAAGACCAAGGCGGCAAAGGCUGCCCCCAAGGCUGAGGAGCCCGAGCCUGAGGUAGAGAAAGAACACGACCAAGAGCCAGCUGAAGAGGAGAAGGGUAAGAGUGAGAAGAAGGAGAAGAGCGAGAAGAAAGAAAGCGAAGAGGGCGAGAAGGAGAAGAAAGAAAACGAAGAGGGUGGGAAGAAGGAAAAGAAGGAGAAGGAAAAGAAAGAGAAGGAGAAGGAGAAGAAGAAGCCAGCCGCGAAAGCAUCGAAGAAGACAGCAGACAAGGAUACACCAGCUCGUCGAACCAGCGGGAGAGUUACUCGCUCUAGAACAGCUGCCAGCUAA